GUUUCUUUGCAUCUUAAGAUUCAAAUACAAGGCUUUUAAUAAAUAAUCUCAGCCUCUAAAAUUUCAAAUUCUUAUAAUGUGAAACAGUUGGCGAUCUGUAUAAUAUGCUAAAUUCUUAAAGCAAUUAAUUUCACUUUCUAUUAAAAAAAAUUUUGUUCUCAAAAAAAAAAAAGAAAAAAAAAAGUGGCCCUAAAUUCCUAAUUUUCUAUAAGUGUUCUUUUCUUUUGGAUUUUGCCCAUCUUCCUACUGGCCCAAACAAAAACGAUUAUUUCUGAUUUGGUCCAAUCCGCUACGAAAACCGGGCCUCUGUAAAUUGGUUGGUGGCCUGUUCCUUUUGAUUUAGAAGCAAGGCGUUUGUGACUUCGUGUGUACCGAAGGGGAAGCAAAACUGUCUGCAGAAUCAGCUCAUCUAUGCAUUCAAUCUCAGAUGAAUUCCUUAAUUUUUGAAAGCCCCUCAAAUCUUCGAGUUUCCACUUCAUUUUUCCUCUUCAAUUAUCCAUCACUUUCCCGGGAAAAUUCAAGAUUCUUACACUUCUCCUACAGAAAAUGCAACCAUUUUCCCAGAGCCUUGAACUUUUCUCUAACCGGAGCUUCUUUACCGACUGAUUCAACGACGAGUUACGGCGGGUGGGACGAUUAUGGAUCGGAUGCUGAGAUUGGUAACUCUGGUGAUUCCACUGGGUUAAGUAAUUUCUUGGCUUCUGUUGGAAUUGAUGAUAAGAAAAGUGUCUUUAUGUUUUUAUUGGGUAUUGCUUGUGCUUUGGCUAUUUAUAGAGUCAGGGUAUCUAAGAUUAUCACGUUUCCUGCUUUUGUCUUGGUGUUUGCUGUUGGGUUUUCAUUUGGGUUUGUUCGUGGAGGUAGCUUUGGUGAAGUGAGUGCGUAUAGGAGAAGGUCAAAAGAUGAGUUUGGGAGGGUUUUUAGUGAGAGGAUGAGGAGUUUGGUGGGUUUCUUUGAUGGAUUUGAUGUUAAAGUUAAUAAUUUGAGGAAUAGUAUACAAAGGGCGAUUGAUUCUAAUAAUGUUAGUGCAUAUGAUUUGGAGAAUUAUGUUAAUGCUGUGGAAUCAAUGAGGUUAGAAGUUUUAAAUGCUAGAAAUGUUGUUGAGGCUUCUAUGGAUAAUGAGGGAAACUCUAAUGAUUCUGCAAUUGAUAACCAUAAAUCAUUAAGUAAAAAAAGGAAGGAGAAUGGUGGAGUUGGGUUUGAGUUCUCCCGGUUUCUUGGGAGUUUAUUUGGAGAAAGAUCAGUUGGUUCAAAGUCUAAUAAAACAAAAGUGAACCCCAAGCGUGAGGGUGCCGAAGGAAAGUCAAAGAAUCAAACUCAGGGAGAUUUUUUAUUUCCUCUUGCUGAGGAAAGGGUUUUUGCUUCAGUUAAUAAUGGUGGUAAAGGUGUUUCAAAUUCAGCAUUUGAUCAUAAUUCUUUGAAAAACUCUACUCCAAAUGUAAAUAGAGAAGGCAAAACAGAAAUGACUUUGGAGAAUGGUGAAGAAUAUAACUACCUGAAUAAAAGAUUACAUUUUGUUAAUGAAUCCAAAAAAUGGAAAUCCAAUGAUAAUCUGCUGAAUCCUAGGGAUGUUAGAGUCAGAUUGAAUAUGAAAACUGAAGCUUCCUUUGUACAUGAGGAGAUUAUCAAGAAAUCUAGUGGAGCUUAUGGAUAUUUUGACAGCAGGGAGAAGCGUGAGAAGGAGGUAUAUGGAGAGAAGAUGAAUUAUGAAGAUGAUUCUUUUCUGGCUCAGGCUGAUGGCCUAGAUGCCCAUGAGAGUGAGGUUGGUUCAUCUACAUCAAAGUUUGCUGAUGAUGUGUUAUUUGACAAGUACCUUGUGGAAGCUAAUGACCUACUGACAGAAGCCAAAGACUGUAUGCGAGGCAGACAUGAUGAAGAAUGUGCAGAGCUCAUGUUGAACAGGUGUGCCAAGGUUCUCUUGAAGGCCAAUGCUAUGAAGCCCAUGAGUUUGUUGGCUGUUGGCCAGUUAGGCAACACUUAUCUCCUUCAUGGAGAGUUGAAGUUGUAUAUUAGUCGUGAGCUGAGAACUCUUCUUUCAAGAACAGAUGCCAAAAUUUCUGAGAGACAAGAAAGAAUUUUAAAGGGAUUUGAUGACCAAUUUACUGAUAGAGAUGGACUUGUAUCUCUCCUUCUUAGUGUAUGUCAAGAGUGUGAAGAACUCCUUGUAAAGGCUGGCAGAAAAUAUAGGUUGGCACUGUCAAUUGAUGGGAAUGAUGUGAGAUCCCUUUACAACUGGGGUCUUGCUCUCUUUUACCGUGCGCAGUUGAUUGCAGAUAUUGGACCGGAAGCAGCUUCUGAUGCUGACCAAGUGUUCUUGGCCGCUAUUGAUAAAUUUGAUGCUAUGAUGUCUAAAGGCAAUAUUUAUGCACCUGAUGCACUGUACAGAUGGGGUGUAACAUUGCAGCAAAGGUCUCGCUUACGACCAAGUAACAGUAAGGAGAAGAUAAAGUUGCUGCGGCAGGCUAAGUUGCUAUACGAAGAUGCACUUGAUUUGGACUCGGAAAAUGUCCAAGUAAGAGAAGCCUUGUCAUCAUGUGUAUCUGAACUCAAAUACAGGUAUUUUUAGUGAUUAGGAUGGUGGUCUUGAAUCUCCAACCCAAACCAUCCAUUAUUUUUGGGGUUGAAUAUUUUGGUUUGUGUCACAGGCUGUUGUAAUAAAUUUGAUAAAUAUCAAAUAACAUAGGUUAAAUACCCUUUUUGGUCCCUCUACUAUAGGAAAAAGCCCCUUUUUAGUCCUUGUACCGAAAAAAUCCCUUUUUUGGUC